CUUCUGCGGGCUGCGCGUCGCCGAAGGUCGCCGCCGAGUCGGGAGCGCGCGUCUCCCCGCGCGGUGGCGAGGGGGGCACCGCGGCCCCCCCGGGAACGAGCCUCCCCGCCCCGCCACCGGGGCCCGGCCGCCCGCAUGGACCCCCUUGCGCCCUCCGCCCCUGGGAAGAGGACCCUCGCUGGUGUGGAGGUGAUUGCAGGUCGACAAAUGCCAUGCGAGUUGAGCCUGGUCCAGCGUGGUGGGGAACAUGAGUUGGUUAUAAGCUUCCAGGCGAUGGAUCCCCCUACUCAAGAAUACAUUCCGAUCAACAGCCGUUUUAAAUGCGUGCAAGAGGCUGAAGAAACUUUGCUGAUUGACAUAGCGACGAAUACUGGUUGCAAGAUCCGGGUCCAGGGUGAUCAGACCGUUGAGCGUCUCUUUGAAAUUCCAGAUGAGGAGCAAUGCUUGGAGUUCCUUGCUGAGGUGCUAAGAGUUCAGAAAGCACCGCAAAAAACACUUUUCCCUGACUUUGUGGACCAGGCCUCCUGGCACCAAGUGAAAGGCCUCUCGGUGCCUGUUGAUCCUCUUCCUGCAGGCCUUCUGGGGUUCGAGGAUAACUUCAGUGCCUUGAGCCUGGAGAAGAAAAGGAACCUGCAGAACCAACAGAUGAGCGCCCGCCGGGAGCCCCCACCCCCACCUCUGCCUCCCAGCCGGUCGUAUCCCCGCGAGAAGGAGAGCAUCAGCAAGGAUCCGUCCAAAGCUGGCAAUACCAUGCACACGCUCUUCGGGCCGUCCACCCAUACGCAGUCUGGGCAAAGAGAGGGGCUCAUCAAGCACUUCGUCAUUAAGCGGGAGAAGGAGUACGUCAACCUCCAGAACUUCAGGUUUUUUAUAGGGACGUGGAACGUAAACGGACAGUCGCCCGAGAGCGGUUUGGAGCCUUGGCUGAUCUCAGACCCUGAGCCUCCGGACGUCUACUGUGUAGGGUUCCAGGAGCUGGACCUGAGCACCGAGGCCUUUUUCUACUUUGACUCAAACAAGGAGCAGGAGUGGCUGACAGCCGUGGAGAAGGCUUUGCACCCUAAAGCCAAGUACAAGAAAGUGCAGCUGGUGCGUCUGGUUGGCAUGAUGUUGCUGGUCUUUGCCAGGAAGGAGCAGAUCGGCUUCAUCAGAGACGUGGUGGCAGAGACGGUUGGCACUGGGAUCAUGGGCAAGAUGGGCAACAAGGGCGGUGUGGCCGUGCGGUUUGUCUUCCACAACACCAGCUUCUGCAUCGUCAACUCCCACCUGGCUGCCCACGUGGAGAACUUUGAGCAGCGCAAUCAAGACUAUAAGGACAUUUGCGCCCGCAUGAGCUUCCAGGUUCCUGACCAGAGUCUGCCGCAGCUGACAAUCAUGAAACAUGAUGUUGUCAUCUGGUUGGGCGAUUUGAACUACAGGCUUUGCCUCCCUGACGCCAAUGAUGUGAAAAGUCUAAUCAGUAAAAACGAGCUUCAGAAACUGCUCACGUUUGACCAGCUGAACAUUCAGCGUAACCAAAAAGCAGCUUUUGCCGAUUUCACAGAAGGCGAUAUCAAGUUCAUCCCUACAUACAAAUUUGACUCCAAAACGGAUCGCUGGGACUCCAGUGGGAAAUGUCGUGUGCCAGCCUGGUGCGACAGGAUUCUCUGGAGAGGAGGCAGCAUCACUCAGCUCCAAUACUGCAGCCACAUGGAAUUGAAAACAAGUGACCACAAGCCCGUCAGCUCUCUCUUCCUCAUAGGGGUGAAAGUUGUAGACGACCGGCGGUACCGAAAGGUAUUUGAGGAUAUUGUUCGGAUGAUGGACAGGAUGGAGAAUGACUUCCUUCCAUCAGUGGAGCUGAGCAGGAGGGAGUUCUCCUUUGAGAAUGUAAAGUUCCGGCAACUGCAGAAAGAGAAGUUCCAAAUCACAAACAAUGGGCAGGUCCCCUGCCACUUCUCCUUCAUCCCCAAGCUCAAUGACAGCCAGUACUGUAAACCAUGGCUUCGUGCUGAACCCUGUGAAGGUUAUUUAGAGCCAAAUGAGACAGUGGACAUCUCCUUAGAUGUCUACGUCAGCAAGGACUCGGUGACCCUUCUCAAUUCAGGGGAGGACAAGAUUGAAGAGAUUCUUGUCCUUCACCUUGACCGGGGCAAGGAUUACUUCCUCACCAUCAGUGGCAACUACCUGGUCAGCUGCUUUGGGACCUCCUUGGAAGCCCUGUGCCGGAUGAGGCAGCCGAUCCGCGAAGUGCCUGUCACUAAGCUGAUUGAUCUGGGAGAGGACAGCUGCCUAGAAAAGGAGAAGUCUCUUCUGAAGAUGGUGCCCCAGGAUAGUGAAGACUCUAAUGAGCAACCUUUGCACAUACCCAAGGAGAUCUGGCUCUUGGUAGACCACCUCUUCAAGAAUGCCUGUCAUCAGGAGGACCUUUUCCAGACCCCCGGCAUGCAAGAUGAACUGCAGGAUAUCAUCGAGUGCCUGGACACCAGCAUUCCAGAGUCCAUCCCUGGCAGCAACCACUCCGUGGCCGAAGCCCUGCUCAUCUUUCUCGAGGCUCUCCCCGAGCCCAUCAUCUGCUACGAACUGUACCAGCGCUGCCUCGACUGCUCCCAGGAUAGUCGGCUGUGCCGGCAGGUCAUCUGCCAGUUGCCGCGGUCGCACCGGAACGUCUUCCGCUAUGUGAUGGCCUUCCUGCGGGAACUUCUGAAAUAUUCCGAGAGCAACAACGUCAGUGCCAACAUGCUAGCCACCCUCUUUGCCAGCCUCCUGCUGCGGCCUCCGCCCAACCUCGUGUCCAAGCAGACCUUGCAGGAUCGCCAGCGAGCCAAUGGCUUCAUCCUGGGCUUCCUGCUGGGAGCGGAUGACUACUGAGGUGCCGGCAUGCAUGCUCCGAGCCAACCAGGUGGCCAGGGAGGAGAGAGAGGCAGGGCCCAGGAUCCUGGGCUCCAGGGCAGUCAUCACAGAGAGAAGACACUGUCCCACACUGCGUGUGACUCCCCGCUCCUAAGUUUCAUCUGUGCCAGUUGCUGGCUACAGAAUGGCAGUGGGUCACUGGUGAUUUAGCAGGCAGCCUGUUUGCUGAUCUUGGCAGGCACGUGGUAACAGUUCCGUCCACUCCCGUCUAGUACUGUACUUCCUCGCCUUCUGCUCCACCAGUAUUAUCCUCUAGGUAGCGACGAGGCCCAGGUCUGGCACAAAGAUCCUUUCUUUGUUGGGCACGGGGCAAGGCACCCACUGCAGCCCGCUUAUUCCUUAGCCUGCUUCGUACAGUUCAGUCAUCUGUGCGCAUCAGUGGGCCUUGCUCACAGCUCAGUAGUCGCCCCCACUGACCACUUGUCCUUCACAAAGCACCGUGCGCUGCCAAAGCAGAGGUGGGAGGGGAGGGAGAGGGAAAGAUUGGAACAGCAGAUCCCUGCUUUCAGACUAGGCCCGUGGGCAGAACUGGUUCCCCUUGUGGGUCCCCCUGCCUUGCAGUUCUGCAACUUUGUCUUUCCAGUUGUCUGUUCUGGGUUCCUGUACUUUGUGCAUAUUCACUCUUUCUCUUUUUUUUUAACUGUGUAAUUUAUUGGGAAACCUGUUUCAAAAUAAAUCUGCAUUGUGCAAA